AUGUUCUUUUGCAACACCUGUUCUCAACCUCUCUGUGACAUUUGUCGAGAAGAAACACACAAAGCCAAGAUGUUUGCACGACACGAAAUAAUUUUAUUAUCCAAAAAAACUAAAGAAGUUCACAAAAGAUGCGCACUCCAUGGAGAGCAGUACAUCAUGUUUUCCACAGAGAAAAAAGUCAUGUUAUGCAUUAAUUGCUUUCGUGAUAUGAAAGUGGAAAGCCGAGCACAUUGUGUAGACUUAGAGACAGCUUAUAAGCAGGGCUGCAAUAAGUUGGAUCAAGCAGUACAGUCAAUUCAAGAUUUACAGAACACUGUGAAGGAAGGGAUCCAAGUGCUUCGGUCGUUACUAGUAGAGAUUCGCCAGAACAGUGAGGCUGAGAAGGAUGCCAUUAAUCAACUCUAUGAUUCUAUGCAGCAACGUAUUGCAGAGAAGAAAAAAGAACUUCUUGAAGAAGUCGAAAGACAAUAUCAAGUCAAAGAGAAAUUGUUCAAAGCUCAGUUGCUCAAUCUGAACACUCUGCUCCCAACUCUUCAUGUCAACCUUGUCACCUGCAGUGCCUUUUGCAGUUCUGCCAACAAAUUUGAGUUCCUAAACCUGUCCUUUGCAUUGAUGGAACGUCUUCAUUCUAUUGCUCAAAAACAACAUCCUCUCCGUCCAACCCAAGGCAGCCAAAUUAAUACAGACCACAAAAAUGAAUAUGCCAACAACACAUUACAGGUGAAGUCUGGCCUUCUUUUCAGCAAACGGUAUACCUGUGCCUUUCUCCUUCCCAUAUAUUCUCUCCCUUCCUCUCACCUUCUCGACAACCAAGAUGGAGUCGUGUGGUCCAUCCCAUUUAGGACAUGUUCACCCCAGGUGACGUUUCUCUCCACAGCCAACACCUUCGCUUCCUAUAACUUGCCAAAAAGUGCCCGACCCACACCACAUGUCCAACAUCUCAGAGGUCUUACUUGCACUGGGGCCACCUGCCUCUUCUUUUUUUUCACGGGUGACCCAUCGGUGUUUCCCGGACUUUUUUCCUUCUCGUAA